GGCAUGGAGGUAGUGUUGCUAUGGGGAAGUUUGGUUUGAGGGGUGGAACAAGAAGAACCGAUCCGUGUGUGUGUGUGUGUGUGUGUGUGUGUGUUUGUGUGUUUGUUUGUAUGAGUGUCCUAACAUGUCUUGUGACUGUGUAAGUGUAAGUUUAGGGACAGGAGGGAGAGGCAGCAUAUGAUUUUCCAGUCCUUGAAGAUGUGUGUGUGUGUGUGUGUGUGUGUGUGAGUGUGUGUGUGUGUGUGUGUAUAAGUGUGCUGGAGAGAGGGGUGGAGGGGGUGGGGUUGAAAGAGGGCGUCCCUCUCGUGGUCCCUCCCCAGCCCUGCCCCUUUCACAUGGAGGAGUAUCCCGUAGCAGGUCCCAAAACUGGAAACUCAUUCAGUCCCUGAAUGGAGUGUCUUUAACGUGAGAGUGGAGGACUUAACUUUUCAGCACGAAAAAAAUAUGAGAGCCACGCGUCCGGUCCUGGUCGGUGCCUUCCUGGCCCUGCUGCUCUGCCUCCCCAGUCCAGGUCAUGGAGAAUCCUACUUCGGGGACAGCCACUGCAGUUUACAAGCCUUCCAAGAUGUCACCACCUUCCACCUGUCACUGCAGAUCAAGACGAGUCGGCGAAGUGGGCUGCUGUUACUGGCUGCAGGAAUGGAGGACUACCUGUUUCUUGAGCUCCAAAACGGGAAAGUACAGGCACGAAUGAACAUGGGGGCCGGUGAGGUGACACUGUCCUCGUCCCAAGGAGUGCAGCUGAACAACCUUCUGGAUCACAAAAUCGCACUCACACUGCGCGAUGGCAAACUCACCAUGACGAUUGAUGAGCUCUUCCCAACAUAUGUUCCUGUGGAUAACGACAACGAACAGCUUAAUAUCGACAUGGGCAUUUGGCUCGGAGGAACCGGAGACCUUGACGCUCCCUACAUCGCCAAUGCCAUUCCCCCCUUCCGCGGCUGUAUGACUGAAGUCAAAUUUGAGUCCCACCAGUUUGAUAUUCUCAGCACGGCGUUUAAACAAUGCCGCGACACAAAGGAAUCCUGCAGCAGUGAGUUUGAGGCUGGUGAUGGGGAGGCAACUAGUUUCAGCACCCCUGAUUCCUUUGUGUCCUUCCCUACAUGGAGCGGGGCUAGUGGUGCUCCAAGGGUCUUAGAAAUCCUAAUGAAAACCACCAUUGAGGACGCGUUACUUGUUUUCCACCCUGGCCGAGAGUCAGACUUUAUUGCUAUUGGUCUUGUGAAAGGCUAUCUCAAAGGCAUGCUGGACCUCGGCGGUGGCUUGGAGGUACUGGAGAAUACCCAGGUGCAGAUGGAUGAUGAUCAGUGGCAUAGAGUUAGGGUUCAAGUCAGUCAGGACUCUUUUGUCAUGAAUGUAGAUAGCCAGUCUUCCUCCCUUCCUCUUGACUCAUCACAAACAUUGGACUUGGUUGGAAACUUGUAUCUUGGAGGCAUACAGGGCAAAAUGAAGGCCGUCUUUCAAGAGAGCGGGUCCUUAAGUCGUGUAGAAGAGGAAAUGACAGCAGAAUCCUUCAUUGGUUGUUUGGGGGAAAUCAAAGUAAAUCAGAAAGAUAGAAGCCUGCAGGAUGCUUUGGUGACCAAAGAUGUUCACGUUAAAUGUGAAGGAGAGGAAUACGACUACUCAAGUUACUACGACGCAGACGCAACUACGUCUCCGCCUGUUCGCAUCAGAUUUGUUAAUAUGGGCACCAACAACCAGCAUUGCUACCCAACAGAGGAUACGCCAGAGAUAUUCAAAAAUGUCACAAACCUUCUCGAUGUCACCCCUUUGCUUGUGCCUGAAGGUGGGGAAGCUUUAGUUUUUAUCAACCACCUAAAUCCUACAUUUGACCUCAGUGCUGUAGGAAUGCGUCAAUCUCAGAUCAUCUUUACUAUCCAGAAUGAUCCCUGGUAUGGCUUUCUUGACAUAAACACGAAUACAAAACGCACUCAAAAGUUCACUCUUCUUGAUGUCAUCAACAAGAAAAUUAAAUAUAUGCAUGAUGGAAAUGAGAGGCACACAGAUCAAGUCCAGCUGCAGGUGGUUGCUGAAAGUAACGGCUACCUUCCAGAAUGUUUAAAGACUCCUCAGGAGUACAUCCUCCCAGUUGAGAUUCUUCCCGUCAAUGACAUACCACAACUUGGUGGAGGAGAAAUCACCAUCACGGAAAACGGCAGAACUCGUUUGAGUCCCGUCCUUAUCAAAAUCACAGAUUCUGACACCCGCUGUGAUGAAUUAAUAGUAACUGUGACCUCAGAGCCAUCCAUGGAAGUUGGUUACUUGGAAAAUGGCCGGCAGCCAGGAAGGAGCAUUUCAGAGUUCACCUGCAGGGAAUUAAAAGAUGGAAAUAUCUAUUUCGUACAUCGAGGGGGUAGAGCUGCUGGAAUUACUUUGGAAGUGUCUGAUGGACAGUCAGUAAGCCAUUCAACUACCUUUCAGUUAUCUGUGACACAGCCACAUAUGACUAUUGUCACCAACACUGGCCUUCUCUUGUCCCAAGGAAGCAACGCUUCCAUAAGUAGUCAAAGUCUGGCCAUCAUCGCUCAUCCUCGUAAUGGAGAUAUUAUGUAUAACAUUACACAACCGUUGAUAUUUGGAGAACUACAGAUAAAGACAAGUGAGGGAAUGUACAAGCAGGUUACAACUUUCAAUCAAUUUGAUCUGGAUCAAGACCACCUGAGUUAUGUCAGCACAGACUCGACUGACCAGGAAGAUAUUGUGACCGAGCGGAUUCAAUUCAACGUCCACCUGGGGCAGUUCUCCCUCUGGAACCACACCUUCUUGGUCAAGAUCAUCCCUGCACAAGUGAAAGUUUCUACCCUGGUUCCCUUAGAGAUGGAGGCGGAUGAAGAGCAAACAAUCGGACUCACAGAGCUUCAAGCCGAAGUAAAAGGGAAAAACCCAGAUCCGCAAACUAUAAAAUACAUCCUUGUCAAGCCUCCGACACUCGGUAGUCUCCGGUUGUCAGACAGAGAGUUGAAUGAGGGGGACAUCUUCACACAGAAGGACAUUUUGGACAGUACUAUUAGCUAUAGUGUGCGUGUGCAAAGAUCUCUGGAUGGUAUAGACCAGUUCCAGUUCAGAGUCCAGGCUGAUGAUCAGUACUCCCCUCUAUACACCUUUCCAAUUACCAUCCUCGCCAAUGCCAAUGCUCCUGUUUUGACCAUUGAGAGGCUGGUUGUCUUGCAGGGUGGUGAAAAUACUCUGAACAAAAACUAUCUUUGGAUACAUUCUCCAGGUUCUACAGAUUUUAUGUACCGUGUCACAGAGGGGCCAAAGCAUGGGCGACUGAUGAGGGACUCCCCACUCGGGCAGCCUAGAUUUGAGGGGGCGAUAAGAGUGUUCAGCAACGAAGACCUCCAGUUCGAAAGGCUUAUUUACAAGCAUGACGGCUCUAAGACAAGCAGUGACGAGUUCCGUUUUUCAGCGUCAGAUCAAGGAGCGGAAAAUGCCGACGAGGGAACAGUGUUUGGAGUCUUCAGAAUAUCCAUCCAAUCCAAGAACGAGCAUGCUCCUGUGAGGGUCGUGGACAAAGUCUUCAACAUAGUCCGCCACGGUCAGCGUCUGCUAACCACCGAUGUCAUCCAGUUUAAAGAUGACGACUCAGAUUUCAACGACACCCAAAUUGUCUACGCUCGCGAGGGAAUCCUCUCGGGCAACAUCGUCUCAACAUCUAAUCCCUCGCAGCCCCUGUUCCGUUUCACACAAGCCGACCUGCGAGACAUGAACAUCCUCUUCAUUCACCACGGAGCCGACCGGGAGCGAUUCUCCCUGCAGGUGUCGGACGGCUUCCACAAGACCACCGCACUGCUUGAGAUACAGGCAGGCGAGCCCUACCUCCAAGUCGUAAACAACACAAUGAUUGUCAUCGACUAUGGAAGCACCAAGACCCUGAACACCACCCUGCUGAGCGCCGACUCCAACAUGGACAUCAGAGACGACAGUGAGAUCAAGUUCCAGGUCACGUCGCCGCCCAACGACGGCAGGAUUAUUGUGAGCGGGAUUGAGGCUGCGGAGUUCACCCAGGAGGACCUGAAAAAAGGCGUUGUCUCUUAUGAGCAUGAUUAUGAAAGCCUUAGAUCCAAGGACACCUUCGGCUUCAGCGUCCAAGCAAGAGGACAUUCUGAAGAAGGCACAUUCAGGAUUAAAAUAUUCAAGCAAGGUUACCUCUCGGAGCCCGAGGUGAUAACCAAUGAGGUCAUCAUUUCCUAUGAGGGAGAGCACACUAUAAUCACCCAGGAUUAUCUCAAGGUGGAUCAAGCCGAUAUUCUUUCCACAGAAAUGGUGUUCGCCGUCAAAGAGCCUCCUCGCCUCGGCCACGUGGUCAAGCUGACGAACAGCUCGGACGGCACGGCCUCGCCCGUCCUCGACUACAUUCACUCCUUCACUCAAGAGGACAUUGAUCAGGGACGCAUUCUCUAUGUGUCUGCAUCCAUCCAGGGCAAUGACGCCUUCACAGUCGAUGUCAGCAACGGUUUUACCACAGUGGAGGACCUGCACGUCUCUGUGAACAUCGUGCCCCGGCUCAUCCCCGUCCAGACCUUCAACUUCACGGUGAAGGAAGGUUUCAGCAGGGCGAUCGACGCAGAGAUCGUGAACAUCUCGCAUCCCUUUUACACCUCGGCGAACAUCGACUUUGUUGUGGAGGAGGCGCCGCAGCACGGCGAGAUCCGUUACCUGGACGGAGACGAAGUGACUUACUUUACAUGGGAGGAGCUGAAACUCGGACACGUCUACUACAUGCAUGACAGCACCGAGAGCGAGGAGGACAGUUUCACACUCUCCGCCUCGGCUUAUGAGAUCGAGCGCCGCAGCCUCCCCGUCACCAUCUCGGUGACCGUCACGCCCGUCAAUGACGAGCCGCCGAAACUGACACGUAACACCGGACUGGAGGUUCUCGCUGGAGAGGAAGCUGACAUCACCUCCAGCAUGCUGAACACCGACGACGACGACACCCUCGCGGAGGAACUGGUUUACCACGUCGAGGCGCCGACCGGCGGCACGGUGGCGUUGAAGGAGGCGCCCGAAGAGGCCAUCUUGAAUUUCACACAGGCUCACAUAAACAACGGCGAGGUCAUCUUCAUUCACGAGGGCGAGGAGUCUGGGGGUUUCAGCUUCACAGUGACAGACGGCGAGCACACAUCCCCUCUCUACCAAUUUGUCGUCACGGCCAGGCCUCUCACCAUCACCAUGGUAACGCAGGAGGAGCUCAUGGUAUUUCCAGGAACGAGGCAGUCUAUCACGAGUGCCAAUCUGGGGGCUGUGACCAAUGAGGACGGCAAUGAGAUAAGCUACUCUCUCCUCCGCCCACCUCGUUUGGGAAGACUGAUACUGGCCAACGACAGGAACCAGGAUGAGGAAAUUACUCGCUUCUCACAAACACAGCUGGAGUCGGGGGCGGUCUACUACGAGCACCAGAUACCCGAGGAGCCUUUUUGGGUGGUGAGGGACUCCGUAGAGCUGACUCUGUCCUCCCAACCAGCUCCCGAUGUCCGUCACAUCCUGCCCAUCACCGUCUCUUACGGCGCUGCUCACAGCAACGUCUCCUCACAGCUGUGGAAGAACAAAGGUUUGGAAAUUGUGCAAGGCCAGAGGAAAAUCCUGGAUGAGUCCAUUCUUGAUGCCUCCAAUCUUCUGGCUAGCUUAGCUGAGGUUGAGCGUAGCGAUGUGGAUGUGGUUUUUGAGAUCAGGCGUUUCCCGGACCACGGUCGCAUCACCCUGGGUGGUCAGGACCUGCCCCGUAAUGCCCCAUCUUUCAUGCAAGAGGAUGUUACCCAAGGAAUGCUGGAGUAUCUCCAUGAUGACUCUGGGGCUCCCUCCGACAGCUUUUCUUUCAGAGCCCGUCUAAAGUCUGAGGGUCGGGCUUUGCCCCAACCCUCCAAAGCCGUGGUCCUGGAGGAGAUAUUUAACAUCGCAAUCAAGCGGCGCGGCUCUGACUCCCCCGAACUUGUCACCAUAGACAUGCUCUUGGAGGUCCUUCAGGGCUCCAUGACCCUUUUGACUCAGAAGCAUCUGAACACUCAAGACGAGGACAGUCCGCCAGACGAGGUGCACUUCAAAGUGACCAAAGCGCCCAGCAACGGCCGGCUGGUGGACUCCCUCACAAUGGAGCCCAUCGCUGGGUUCACGCAGGAGAUGGUCAAUCGUGGGCAGGUGGGCUUCUUCAGCGAUGGCAGCCUUGCCGAUGGCUUUAUAGAAUUCAUUGUGUCAGAUGGAGAACAUCAAACCGAGCCGCACACGCUCCACGUCGGCAUCCUUGCUCGCACCUUGUUUCUCGACAAAGCCCCUGAGAUCAAGGUGAAGCAAGGUGAUGAUGAGACCCUGGUGACUGAGGAGAUGUUGAGAGCCACUACCGGGGGCCCGGUUGAGGAGGACAUCCUCUACAAGAUUACAAGUGUGCCUAAGUAUGCAGCUGUCAUGGUGGAUCGGCAGCCCACAUCCGCCUUCACUCAGAAGCAGAUCAAAGAAGGCCGAGUCAGUGUCCGCUUUGUUAAGUCCACUUCACCUCGAGACAGUGUCGCCUUUGUAGCCCGUAGCAGGGCCGCCAAUGUCUCCUCAGUCCUCAACAUCACAGUCCAGCCUCUGGCCAACAUCGCUCAGGAUCCUCUCUUACCCCAAGGUGCUCUCGUCCAAUUGGACCGGAAGCUUCUGGAUGCGACACCCCUGGCAAACAAAACCAGAACCUCCCCCACGUUCACUGUCAUCCAACAGCCCCGCGGGGCUCGCUUUGUGAGGUCUGGAGGUCCUGGUGCGGGUCAGCCGGUGGACACAUUCAGCCAGAAGGAGCUGGAUGAGGGCCGUGUUGCUAUGGAGAUCCUGAAUAGCCCCUCUGGGUCCCGAGGUAGUGUCAGUCAGGACGAGGCCCGCUUCCUGCUCAAAGCCCAUGGGGUCCCUCCAGCAGAAUGUGUGCUUUCCUUCCAGACAGGCCCCUACAACGAAUCUGGGGUCUACCCUGCCACUCUGUUGAGGAUUCCCUCAGAAGCCCCAUCAAAGGACAGUAAUGAACUCCCUGGCGCUGGGUCCCCUCGGUCCACUUCGGCUAGCCCCCGCUGGAGGGGCAACAUUGACUGGCCCCACGGAGAUGCCCCCACAACAACAUCUCCCGACUCUAGCUCCAACGGGAAACCACACGUUUCCAGACGCAGCAACUUCUGGUCCAUUCUCAUUCCGAUCCUGGUGACCCUCCUCCUCUUGCUGCUGGCGGCCAUCUUGGCCUACUACCUGAUCCGUAAAAACAAGACGGGCAAGCACGACGUCCAGACCGCAGCGUCCAAGCCUAAAAACGGAGAGGUGGCCAGCGCCGAAACCUUUCGCAAAACCGACCCAGCCAAUAACAUCCCCAUGUCCAAUAUGGACGCCAAAGACGCAGACCCGGAGUUGUUGCAGCACUGUCGGACAACGAACCCGGCCUUGAAAAAGAACCAGUACUGGGUCUGAGACACUUUGAAAUAAGACACAGAGGGAGGUGAUCCUUAAGUGUUUGGAAGUCUCCUCAAAUCAUUCCUCUCAGUAUUAAAGACCUCUUGCCUCACCAGUUCAAAUGAAAAUUAUGUUUUGACACAAUUUGUUAUUUACUUAUCUCAACAUAACUGUGGACAAAUUCUCAGGCAAUGAAACACUGAAUACUUAUUGGCAAAGAAAGGCACUUGCGUUUCUAAGGAGGCUCAGGCCAUGUCUAUUUAUUUUAGUUUUAUCAUUCCUCUUUGUCAAAGGGCACACAUAAAGACAUAAACAUGCCAUGUGUUUGCAAAAAGUAUUGUGGGUGUGCUCUGUCAUUGUAUUCCAUAUGAUAUCAUAGGCCAAUAUUAUUCAUUUCAGUGGAUAGGUGAUAUAAAGUCGUUGUGAUGUUUCGAAGUUAGUUUUUGAUUCAUCGGGAGAGUUGAUAAGUCUUGUACAUAGACGAUGAGGUAUGCUGUAUUAUCGAGAAGUUGAAAAACUGCCUCUUUGUAUUUUCUCUUUUAUUUUUCAAUAUUUUUAAGGUACCGUUGUGUUGUGUUUUUGUUUCUCAGGGCUAAAUUCAGUUUUAAAGGAAUAGUGCAACAUCUUGGAAAAUACGUAAAUUCACUUCCUUUUCGUUCACGAACUUACUGCAGAUUAGAAGAUUGAUUCCACUCCAAUGUUUGUCUGUUACACACAAAGUUACAGCGAGGAGACGUUAAUUUAGCUCAAAUCCAAGGGGGAAACAUUUAGGCUGCGGCUCGGACAGUACGCGUCAAAGUCGUAGUUUCGUAGUUAUGGCGGGAGCAAAUGAGGAAGUCAGGUCAUGUCGUAUGAAAAGCAACCAACUCCGCAUGGGAAAGAAAAAUGGAUGGGUCAAACGAACCCCCAGGACCCUGUUUACUUUAACGGGUUUACCCACACAAGGCAAAGUAUUAUGGAAGUAAAAGUUUAUUUUGUAUUUCUUUAUUUUUAUUGAACGCUCUUAAGCUGGCUACUUGAUUACUAAGAGGGAAUUGUUUGUUUCCAUUGUACUUUUGUUUGCCUAAAAACUAUAACCACGUUGUGGAAACCGGAAGUUUAUUUUGAAAGGGACAAUGAGAGGAAGUUGACGUGCUGAAAACUGGCGCUUAGCGACGUAACCUAGCGCGUCGUAGUUUAACGCGAAGGUCACCGAUGAAACGUGUCCGCAAUAGACGAGUUGGGAGCGAGAAGGUGUUGCAAAAGUUUUUAUGGCGGGAGGUGCAGUGACUUCUUGAACCUAGCUAGCUGAAACAAGCUAGCUCAAACAAGCUAGCUGCCUUUCUGCUCUCCUAAGCUCGCCGUCUCUUGGCCGCGGCUUCAUAUUUAACAGACAGGAUACGACAGCGCCAUCUUUCCUCUCCGUUAACUCCCAGCGAGAGAGUGAAUAACCCCAAAAGUGUCAAACUAUUACUUUUAACGUCGUCGCGCGAUAACAUUUCAGUAGCUUUGCUUGGAAAGAGGAGCAGUUAAUACAACAAACAACAAAAAAAACUAUUUUAAAAUGAAAAACUUGAAUUUAGCUCGGAGUUAUGUCGUCCUCCGUCAUAGGUUAUUAUUUCUGCACGCUUCCAGAGUGCUUGUAAAUAUCCACUGGACUUAAAACUACACCGUACACAGCUUGCAGACCACAGGCAGGAGGUUAUUCUGGUGGCGUUGGGUCUUUUAACACGUCCGUGUUGGCUGACGGGCCAAGUGAGGUCAGGCGAGGUCACCUCACACUGGGAUGUUUCCAGUUUCCAAGUCUGCAAUUAAGAAUUUAUACAAGCUGGUUGGUGCUGGGACGAGGAUAAUGAAUAAAAUGCUCCACCGUUUAGGUACAUUUUUUUAUUUUAAGUAUUCCAUGUGUAAGCUAAUAUACAAACUGUCAUAUAUUGAAAUUAUUUUUAAUUUUUUUUUUUUUACUUUUUAGACUUAGUUUUGUAUGUUGAAACUAAGAAGCGUUUUACUGUAAAUCGGUCUCCUUUCGUUUCUGUCUGUACGUCUUUAUCGUCACUCUGACCUGAGACGGUUAUCUGGUGGAUGGAUGUUGAAUGAAGUACUUCAAGUGAAGUAGAAAGUGUACAGUGAGAAAAUCAGAUUUUUUUGGGGGAUUCACUAAAGAAAAGAAAGACUUUUCUUAAAGGUGUUUGACUAUUUGCUGUACAUUUCUUUUCUCAAACUGUAUACCGAUGACACCUUACUCGUUGUUAGUCAUAUGCUGAUACAAUAGUUUAUUUGCAGUAUUCAUCGUCUAUUGAAUUUGUGUUUUUGUAGUUUCGAGAGCAGGAAAUGUGAGAUUUUAACAGACUGCACAGAGCUCAGGAAGUGAUGUGUUUUUAGGGGGUUGUGUAUUUACAGUGACAUCUUUUACAGAUAGCUUGAAGUAAAAGUAUUGGUUUCUCCUUCGGGAUAUCACAUCCACUUCUUGACAGUUUUAUGUGUACAUAUUUUUUUUUUGGAGUACAACUUUUGGGC